AUGAAUGGAACCCCAAGAAUGCGUUCUGGCUUUCCGCCUACUCCUGGCAGUGGCCCUGGCCAAAGGAAUCCAACAGGGCGAGUGACAUCCCCGUUACGGGAUCUUCCUACGGCAUCACCUGCUGCCACAGAAUCCGACGCGCCAUUAAUACCCGUCGAACUUAUCGAUGCUCCUAGUCAGCGCAUUGAGCUCUCCAUUUCGGAGAACAGUGUUCGACCUGCCGCCAUUUUACACAACUCAUCUUUGAUUAUGGGUCGACAAAUUAUCAAUAUAUUGCCAGAGGGAUCUGCGACACUGAACCCUGAUGGUCUUCCAUUCUGUUUAGAUAGUAGUCGCCCUACCGUCAAGCUCCCCAUGUACUUCAACCAGACCAAGCCUGUACACAUUGAACUACUGCGCUUUGACUUUGACACAAAUGCAAACGAAACGAUUGAGUUGAAGAAACGGGACAUGAAGAACUUUCGAAGGAUGGAGGAUGAGCCAAAUGUUUACACUCUCGACUAUACUGUGAAGAAACCGGGAUUAUACAGACUUCACAAGAUUGUAGAUCAGUCAAAGCUCGAAGUACAGCGAAGAAUGUCCGACACACUUGUUGUGAAAUGUCCCAAAGCGGUUAUUAGGUCUACGAGUUCGGACAAGUGUCUAGGGGACCUUUCUGACCUCUCCAUCGAACUUGAGGGGACCGCCCCAUUAAAGAUUGUGUAUGGACGUACUAUCAACGACAAAGAUCGCAGUUUCCACUUCCAAAGUAACCAACCUGAGAAUUUUGUUUCGCCGCUUUCGGGUGCAACUCGGCCUAGCACAUUAAUCUCCUCGGGGAAUCUGGAUGUUUCAUGGGGGCAGGCAAGAAAAGUCAUUAUCCCAUUAAAUGAAUCUAUGACCCCUAGCGGGCUGUGGUUAUACUCAAUCAACGAGAUUCAUGACGCUACCGGGAAUGUUGCAAACUUCACACUUGUUGGUGAAGAUGGGGAGCUCAUCUAUCCUAAAAAUACACACAUGGAGCAGAGCCUCAUAGUCCAUGAGAGACCUCUUUCAAGGCUCACGGGCUGUGAUUCUAGGAGUCCGCUAAUGGUUGCCAAUGGCCAUACAACAGAGCUUCCAGUUGAAUAUGCAUCGCCUGGCCGAACACCAGAUGAUACCUCCCACACCUUGACGUACAAAUUCUCGCCUCUUGACACCUUGACACCUGCGGGCGACCACGGUACUGAGGUGAUUUUUGAGGAAUAUUCUGCACGCAAUGCCCAUCAAUCGCCAAUCAUUCGCGAACCAGGUCUUUACACUCUCGUUGGUGUCAAAAGCAAAUUCUGUGAAGGUGAAGUAAGAGAGCCUGCUUCUUGCUUGCUCCUCAACCCACCUGAGCCGCAGCUGUCUAUAAAUGCUGAGAAUAUCAACGAUAAAUGUGCUGGCAACUCCAUAGGACUACUCGUCGACCUUGAUCUAAUUGGUACCCCACCAUUCGUCGUAAGGUACAACAUAAUUACAAAGAGCGGCCUUAAGCAUGAAUCAGUGAAAGUAUCUGGCUUACGGCACCAACUGGAGCUUAAACCCCGCGACGCGGGCCAUUUCAAAUACCAAUUUACCUCUGUGGAUGACGCUGUUUACAAGAACCAUAAAUUGAAUAGCAAUGAUCUAGUGCUGGAGCAAGAUGUCAAGCCACCAGCUUCAGCUUAUCUUAGACGACCCGCCGGUAAUAUCGACGCUUGUAUUGAGGAGCCUGUCGAGAUGAAUGUUGAGCUUUCUGGCGAGCCACCUUUUACAUUAGAAUACGAGAUUGUCCAUGACGGUAGACGUCGAAAGCAAAAGGUCACUGGAAUUGAAAGUGACAUAUACAAGAUCAAGACGGAUCCUUUGAUCACUGGUGGCGAGUAUUCUCUCGCACUUGCAAGCGUCCAAGACAAGACGGGCUGCAAGAUAUUCCUUAAUGGUGAGGUCAAAUUCAUGGUCAGACACCAAAGACCACGAGUCGCUUUUGGUCAUCUGGACGGAAAGCACAAGAUUAUGACUAUCGAGGGCACCAAUAUUCCGCUACCUUUGCGCUUGACUGGCCAGCCUCCUUGGAGCAUCAAGUAUCGAAAUGUGGAUGAUGAUUCUGGCAAGAUCUUGGAGAAAACAGCCAUGUCAACCAACGAUGCGGUUAAGGUUGAUGCUCGUGGUACUUACGAAUUACUUGAUGUGUUCGACAACCAGUGCCCUGGAACAGUCGAUCCCAAGGCGUCCUUGUUUGAGGUUGAUUGGCUCCCCAGACCGAAAAUUAAGCUUGUGGAUAAUUCGGCUCUUGUAUUGAAUGGGGAGAAAUAUGUCAAGCAUGAAGUAUGCGAAGGUGAUAUCGACGCAGUGGAGAUCAACCUUAUUGGUGCUCCCCCUUAUCACGUCAAAUAUCAAGUUCGUCAUAAACCGGAGCAUGGCUCGAUAUCUAUCAGUAACAAAGAGUUCGAUGCAGGCCUUGGACUUUCGACUGUUGGCAUGGACACAAUUAAGCCUGGCCUUUACGAGUAUAAAUUCUCCGAGCUUUCUGACAAUCUAUAUGACCAUGACUCGAAGAAGUUCUCGCCGCUCAUUAUUGAGCAAAAGGUCAACAGGAAACCGGCUGCACAUUUCAUAAAACCAGGACAGUCCUACAAGUAUUGCAAGGAAGAGCUCGCCGGAGAUGAAGUCAUUCCUAUCAAAUUAGAAGGCAUCCCUCCCUUUUACCUGGAGAUUGAUAUCAAACACCAAAGCAGUACCAGACCCGAAACUGUCAAAAUUGCCAAUAUAGAUUCUAACAAUUAUGAUUUCCGGAUACCUCAUCGAGUUUUAUCUCUGGGCAUCCAUCAAGUCAGUGUACGAAAAAUUCGCGAUUCCAGAGGCUGUCAGCAAAAAACCGAACAUGGUGCUCCUCACGUACAAGUACAAGUUUACGACGUACCUACCAUCUAUCCUCUGGAAUCUCGUACAGAUUAUUGUGUAGGAGAACGGAUUGGGUAUACAUUAUCGGGUACACCCCCAUUCGAGAUCUACUAUACAUUCGAGAACGUGCAAAGGAAAGCAAAAUCACCAAAUACUAGUUUCAGGCGUAUUGCCGAGAAGCCAGGCAGUUUCAUUAUCACCGCUAUCUCGGAUAAGGCUAGCGAGUGUAAAGCAAAGACUGAGAUUACGAAGGUUAUCCAUGAAAUGCCCAGUGUCAGAAUUAGUAAAGGAAAGCAAGUAGAAGUUGAUAUUCAUGAGGGUGGGCAAGCCGAACUUCUAUUUGAGUUCUGGGGUGUGCCGCCUUUUGAGUUUACAUAUACAAGAAGUACGAAUGCGAAGAAGGGUCAGAAGUCACAUGUGCUAGAGACCAGGCAUGAGAUCUCGAUCAAUUCUGCUCUUUUUCUACACUAA